AACCCAUCUUUAGAACAAAGAAGUUUCGUUUCUGUUUCACCUAAUUUAAUGUCAUGUGAAGUUCUGAGAAAAACUUAUUAGGCGGACUCAUAAGGCCUGGAUGCCAGCUACAUCUCUAGAUGGAUGGUUCCUGUUACUUGAUUACUCAUGACUCAAAAAUGGUCUGAAAUUUCCAGACUACAGACACUGUUACAACAAACACAUAAAUACACACACACACACAAAAAACAAACAACCAAAAAACAAACAAACAAAAAAAAACUUAUCUAUAAGAAAGUGGAUGUGUCUUCUUCACCUCAGUCUGACACCAUGCAAACUUUUUGCUCAGUUUUCUUUCAUCAGCUUCUUUGAAGGGUGGUUAACAGUAGUUGCAAGUCACAUUCUAAGUGAUGGGUUGAGGUUCAAUUGGAGUAUGACACAGGAACUCUUUACUCACUCACACAUGAAGUGCUGAACGUGGUGAAUUAAACCAGUGUGACAGCUGGCCGAUCUGCAGCAAAAUGUGUGUGAAAAAGAAGAAGAGACUAAAGGUCACCACAGAUUGGCUCCUACACACUUUACACUUCACGAAAGCGGCUCGAAGAAAAGUUCCAUUUGAAACAAGAAGUGCACUCGGCCAAAUGUAAAGAGGCAAAAGAGGUGUUGGUUUCUAGUGAACUACUGUUAUAUUAUAUCUAUAUUAUACUAUUAUAUUUCCACCAGUAAAGGUUUUGUAAAUUCAUUAAAUUCAUUCAUUUUAUCAUGAAAGCACCGGUCCUAUCUAAUUUGUGCAUGUUAAUAUCUUAAAAAUAGCAGAACCCUCCCUCCUUCCUGUGAAAACCAAACCUGCAACACUUUUUUUUUUUUUUUUUUUUUUUCUCAACAUUUCCCUUUAAAGCAUGCAGCCAGGCUUCCAGAGGUUCAUUUCUUUCAUCUGCAGGCUUGCCACUCAACAUGAAAUGCCACUUCAACGGAACCGCGCUGAUCAGCGUGCUCCCUCCGCUGCUGGCGACAGAGUUUAUUUUGGGAAUCGUCGGGAAUGGCUUCGCCCUGUGGAUCUUCUGCUUCCACAUGAGGCCGUGGAAGAGCAGCACGGUGUUGCUCUUCAACCUGGCGAUGGCCGAUUUCCUGCUCAGCAUUGCCCUGCCUCUCCGUGCCAGCUACUACAACUCCGGGAUCAACUGGAAGUUUGGACCCGCCCUGUGCAACAUCUGCCUCUUCAUGCUGGCGCUGAACCGCAGCGGGAGCACCUUCUUCUUGAUGGCGAUCGCGUUGGACAGGUACCUGCGGGUGGUGCAUCCCCAUCACCCCAUCAACUCUUUGAGCGUCUCCAAAGCCGCACUAGGUGCGAUUGGCAUGUGGUUUGUCACCGCUCUGAUGACGAGUCACAUCUUCACUUUAGAGCACAACACAACCUACUGCGAGAGCUUCAUGGUUGAGGUCAAACCCCAAAGCAAUUUCACCUGGCACAGGUUCGAGUUCAUCUUUUCCUUCUACGUGCCACUGUUCGUGAUCCUCUACUGCACGUUCCAAAUCAUUGACCACCUGAGGAAGAGACAGCUGGCUCAGCAGGCCAAGAUUAAGAAGGCGCUCUACUUCAUCAUAGCGGUCGUGGUGCUCUUCGUGGUCUGCUUCCUCCCAAGCAACCUAACGCAGGUACUGAUUUGGAUCAAGAGCCACAAGGCGCACGAAUCCGAAGUCUGCGCUGACCUGGAGGACUUGACCUCGGCGUUUUACGCCACCAUCUGCAUGACCUAUCUCAACAGCGUCCUGGAUCCUGUGGUCUACUACUUCUCCAGCCCGGCCUUUAAGAACAUCUGCAGGAAAGCUCUGCACCUGCCCCAAGUCGAGACCGUUGAAAGUACAGAGAAGAAAACUCGGGAGACGGGAUCCCAGUCGAUCAGCCAGCUGUGAUCACAAAAACCAAUUUGGCACGCAGCUUCACACCCAGCGUCAGAUUAAAAGCUUUUAAAAAUAUUGCCUCUGAUGCUAUAUUUGCAUCUCUUAUUGUAAUCGGGUGUACAUUAACUGCACUUUAUAGAAACCGCCUUUGCAAAUUGUGGCGAUUAUGUGAUAAGACUAAAUGCUGCAGCAGCGCGUGACAGCAGCAGCAGCAGCAGAUACCUUCGGGUGCAGCGCAAUAUCUGGUUAACUUGAACUCACAUUCAGUAAACAUAAGCUACUUCCCGAACCAAAGCGUAAAAAACAAACUCAGCUGCACAGGGUUUCUUGAGUAUAUGUUUUUGUUAUUCUCUAUAUACACAUGCCAUGUAUAGUAAUUGCUCCGUAUCGUUUUUUUCAAAACAUCCGCUAUUGCCAUGUUCUGUCAUUUCCACUCUUUUGCUACUUUGUAACUGAUGUUAUCUGAAUAUAAUCUAAAUAAAAUAUUGUCGUAAGAAGACAACAUAAUGAGCUGUGUCACAGAGUAUCAGUUCUUAAUUACCUAAAUGGAUAUUGAGCUUAUAUGUUACAUGUUUAGGGUGGUUAAUUUGUUCAAAUUAAUAAUAAUAAUAAUAAUAAUAAACAACGUAUUAUUUUCAUCAUGAAAAUGUUGUACUUUUUUGCACUUGUGAAAUCUGAUUGCCCAGAAGAUGAAAUGCAUGUAAGUUCUUUGGAAAAAAA